CAGCUCCAAGCCGGCAGUCUCGACUCUCGACAAGGAGACGACGCCACCAACCUGCCCAACUCCCCCCUGUGUCCCUCUCCUCUCAGAGUCUGUAGGUACUCAAGUGUCCUACUGCCCACCGCGCCGCUCGAGCAAGCAUCACAUGGCGGCGAUCUCGCAGUUGCAGCGCAUCGCGGGGCCGCGCCAUGCCGGGGCGCCGCGGCCGGGGGCUGUGAGGCGCGCCUCGGUCGCGGUCGCCGCGGGCAAGGCGCCGUUGCCGAGGCUGGAGGGCGCCAGCGAGGAGCUGAGGGCUGCGGCGGCACAGAGCCUCGACUGGGCGCCGGCGCGCCGGCGCGUGCGCGGCGCCUUCGCGCCCGUGCUCCCCACGCUCGACCACUGCCUGUUCAAGAUGGCGCCCAAAGGAAUCCAGAUGGAGGAGAAUUUUGAGACCAAUUCAAAGGGAGUUGAAAUAUUCUGGAAGAGUUGGCUGCCUAGGGAGGGCACUCCCACCAAGGCAGCGCUUUUCUUCUGCCAUGGGUAUGGAGAUACCUGCACUUUCUUUUUUGAAGGGGUCGCUAAGAGAAUAGCCGCUGCUGGAUAUGCAGUAUAUGCCAUGGAUUAUCCUGGUUUUGGAUUAUCUUAUGGUCUUCAUGGCUACAUCGCAAGCUUCGAUGGAAUGGUCGACCAUGUCAUUGAACAAUAUGCGAGAAUAAGAGGAAGGAAAGACGUGCAAGGGCUCCCACACUUUCUCUUGGGGCAGUCAAUGGGAGGUGCGGUUGCUCUGAAAGUACACUUAAAGCAACCAAAAGAAUGGGAUGGAGUGCUUCUUGUUGCGCCUAUGUGCAAGAUUUCAGAAGAUGUAACACCACCAGCGCUAGUGUUGAAGGCAUUGAGCAUAUUAUCAUGCCUUCUUCCAGAAGCAAAGUUAUUUCCGCAAAAGGACAUAGGAGAUUUGGGAUUCAGGGAUCCAGUGAAAAGAAAAUUAUGUGAGUACAACGCGAUAUCAUAUAAUGACCAGAUGAGGUUGAGGACAGCAGUUGAACUUUUGAAGGCUACAAAGGAUAUCGAAUCCCAGUUGGAAAAAAUUUCUUCUCCAUUGUUGAUUCUUCAUGGAGCAGCAGACCAGGUAACCGACCCUCAUGUGAGUCAAUUUCUGUACGAGAAGGCCAACACGAAAGACAAGACCUUGAAGCUCUAUGAAGGUGCCUACCACUCUAUCCUAGAGGGAGAGCCUGAUGACCGGAUUUCAACAGCCAUCAAGGACAUCAUUUCGUGGCUGGAUUCACACUGUUGAAUACCAUUGUGCAUUGUCUCGUUUCUUUUUUGGCAAAUGCAUGGUUUCGUUGAUCGGCAUCAUUCUGGUCCACUUAACAUUGGAUGAAUCAAAUAAUAAAACUCGGUGUGUGAGGCCUUCACUAAUUAGGCGAGCAUGGAAUUCUCUGCUGCUUAGUUUCAGGAACAUGCUGUACAGAUAUUUUCUCCCCCAUUUUCUGGAACUCCAUAUUCACGUUUUCAUUAAUUUGUUAGCAGUCGGCUAUUUGAUGCCGUUAGCAGGGGCUA